UUAGUUCUUUACCAUGUUGAACAGAAGAUAUGUGCGUGUUUGGUGUCUAAAUACAGAAUGCCUGUAGAUUGUACCUACAAGUUGUAUAUCCAACGAAUUCCUCCACAAGCAGGAAAUAAGUAUGAUUAAUCAGAAGAAUAAAAGGCACUGCUGGAUGUUGUUUGAAAGGAAUCCUUUAUGGGGGGCUGCAGCAGUACCUGUCCAAAGAUCACUAUAGUUUCACCUUGCUUGAAAAGCAGCACAACCACACUGAUUGAUCAGAAUGUAUCUGAUGAAGAGGCUCAGGGAAUAAAUGGGAAAACUCCAGCAAAACACUCAGCUGCAAGUCCAAAGCCACAAGUGCCUCCAAAGCCACUACACCUGCAGAAUUCACCUUCGUCCAAUAUACACCAAACCCCCAGGCAUAAAGCUUUAUCUAGUGCAAAACCAAGGAUGGAGGAAGUUAAACCUGCCUCUGCUUCUUGUGUCUCAAAAGAAAAACCCAGUAAGAUAUCAGAUCUCAUCAGUCGCUUUGAAGGAGGCAGCUCAUUAUCAAAUUACAGUGAUUUGAAAAAAGAUUCUGCUGUGAACCUAAAUGCGCCUAGAACCCCGGGAAGGCAUGGAUUGACAACCACACCUCAGCAAAAACUCCUCUCCCAACACUCACCACAGAAGCAGGGAAAUGAUACAGAUCAAUCUCAGGGUGCACAGACUUGUGUGGCUAACGGUAUGGUAGCAGCACAAAACCAGAUGGAAUGUGAGGAGGAUAAAGCGGCCACUCUUAGCCCAGAUACUCCUAUUCAAACUUCUGAACCCUUGCCUGAUACAAACUUAGUAAAUGGAGAAAGACAGGAAACAGCCACAGACCCUGCAUCCCCCAUAACAAAUGACUGUGAUGAAAAUGCUUCUGACAGUAACUGCAGGACUUUACAUGUCAGCCCACUGCUCCCCCUGGAAGAAGGAAGGGCAGACACAGAAGCCAAGGUACAAGAGAGGGAAGAUGGAGAAAGCCCCCUAGAACUGGAACAGCUGGACCAGCACCAUGAGAUGAAGGAGACUAAUGAGCAAAAACUUCACAAAAUAGCCAAUGAACUUUUGCUUACAGAAAGAGCUUACGUCAGCCGACUUGACCUCUUAGAUCAGGUAUUUUAUUGCAAACUACUGGAAGAAGCAAAUCGAGGCUCAUUUCCAGCAGAGAUGGUGAAUAAAAUCUUUUCUAAUAUUUCAUCAAUAAAUGCCUUCCAUAGUAAAUUCCUAUUGCCAGAGCUGGAGAAAAGAAUGCAAGAAUGGGAAGCUACCCCUAGAAUUGGUGACAUCCUUCAGAAAUUGGCCCCAUUCCUUAAGAUGUAUGGAGAAUAUGUGAAGGGAUUUGAUAACGCAAUGGAAUUGGUUAAAAACAUGACAGAGCGUAUUCCCCAGUUCAAAUCAAUAAUUGAAGAAAUUCAGAAACAGAAGAUCUGUGGGAGCUUGACUUUGCAGCAUCACAUGCUAGAACCUGUUCAGCGGAUUCCCCGGUAUGAGAUGCUCCUUAAGGACUACCUAAGGAAAUUGCCCCCUGGUUCUCCGGACUGGAAUGAUGCUAAAAAAUCACUUGAAAUUAUAUCUACAGCAGCAAGUCAUUCUAAUAGUGCAAUAAGAAAAAUGGAGAACCUAAAGAAACUCUUAGAGAUUUAUGAAAUGUUAGGAGAAGAAGAAGACAUUGUAAAUCCUUCAAAUGAACUAAUAAAAGAAGGACAGAUCCUCAAACUAGCUGCUCGGAACACAUCGGCACAAGAACGCUACCUUUUCUUAUUCAACAACAUGUUGCUGUACUGCGUGCCAAGAUUCAGCUUGGUGGGCUCUAAAUUCACAGUUCGAACCAGGGUUGGCAUUGAUGGAAUGAAAAUUGUAGAGACUCACAAUGAGGAAUAUCCACACACUUUCCAGGUAUCUGGGAAAGAGAGAACACUGGAACUGCAAGCCAGUUCUGAGCAAGACAAAGAAGAAUGGAUCAAGGCACUUCAAGAGACUAUUGAUGCUUUCCAUCAGAGGCAUGAAACCUUCAGAAAUGCAAUUGCCAAGGAUAAUGACAUUCAUUCAGAGGUUUCUACUGCUGAGCUAGGAAAAAGAGCCCCAAGAUGGAUCCGAGAUAAUGAAGUUACAAUGUGUAUGAAAUGCAAGGAGCCUUUUAAUGCCCUGACGAGGAGAAGGCAUCAUUGUCGAGCAUGUGGACAUGUGGUUUGUUGGAAGUGUUCUGAUUAUAAAGCUCAACUUGAGUAUGAUGGUGGUAAAUUGAACAAAGUUUGUAAAGACUGUUAUCAGAUAAUAAGUGGAUUCACAGACAGUGAAGAAAAGAAAAGAAAAGGAAUUUUAGAGAUCGAAUCUGCAGAAGUAUCUGGAAACAGUGUGGUGUGCAGUUUUCUUCAAUAUAUGGAAAAGUCAAAACCUUGGCAGAGAGCUUGGUGUGUGAUCCCCAAACAAGACCCUCUUGUGCUGUACAUGUAUGGUGCCCCCCAGGAUGUCAGAGCCCAGGCCACCAUUCCACUCCUGGGCUACAUUGUGGAUGAUAUGCUGAGGAGUGCAGACCUGCCACACAGUUUCAAACUGACCCAGUCCAAGUCUGUGCACAGCUUUGCUGCAGACAGUGAAGAACUGAAACAGAAGUGGCUGAAAAUCAUCCUUUUAGCUGUCACAGGUGAGACGCCAGAUGGUCCUAGUAAUCCAGCCACUUUGGACGAUCAUCCUGAACCUAAGAGAAAAUCAGAAUGCUGAGUUCCAGGGCCUACUGCAGUAUGGAGGGGGGUCUCAAGAUUUACAGCUCAAAACAUUCUCAGCUCUCCUUAUUCAUCUCUUAGCACUUUAUGUUGAAAAAUACAGGCUCAUAAAUGCAUCUUUGGAGGGACUAUUUUCCUAUGUUUAUGUACUCUUACUGAAAUUAACGUGUAGAGCCAUUCUACCCAUAAAGUUUGAAAUAAUGUG